CCCAAGAACAAGCUCGCGAUCAUCUUCUUCAGCCUUCUCCCUUCCCCACGCCCCCCGCUACAUCAACGGCCGAGGAUUCCGCUGUUCCCAUCUUAACGUUGUUAAUCCCUCGAUUUCUCGUCGCGUCGCGGUAAAAAGGAUUCGUUGAACACGGGCGGCGGGCCCUUGCGCCGAUUCCCCCCCUCCCCCUCCUCCCCACCCAACGCAGCGAUUCCUACCACAAACACACCCCAACGACAACCACUCUCACAACUGCCCACCAUUCCGCAACAUUCAGUACACACCUUGAAGGACGUCGGUCGCAGCUGUAGCGCACCCGUCGCGAUGUCCGUUACCACCAUGCUCGCUCCCUCCACUCGGAACUCGGCCGCGUCGUCGACGUCGUCCGGCUUCGUGCCUGUGUCGAGACAGAACACCAUCGGCUCGAGCGAAGGCGCGACGAGAUCGACCAGGGCGUCGAAACGGUACAGUGUUACGGCCCUGUACCUGUCCAUGUCGGCACAGGACAGAGAUUUGGAAAUUGAGGACGAGUUGGCACGAGUCCAGAAGACAUUGCGCGACCUGAAGUCGAAGAUCUCAUCGCAGUCGAAGAAGAACUUUGUCCUGGAGAAGGACGUAAGGUACCUGGAUUCUCGCAUCGCAUUGCUGAUUCAGAAUCGCAUGGCAUUGGAAGAGCAAAACGAAGUUGCCAGCCAUUUCGACGAGUCGAGCGAGAUCGAGGGAGGGACCUUUCCGAACGACCAGAAGACGCAGGCCUACGGUAACCUCUUCUACCUCUUGCAGUCCGAGCCGCGCCACAUCGCCGCGCUUUGCCGAUGCGUAUCCAUGGCCGAGAUCGAUUCGUUAUUGCAGACCGUCAUGUUCACCAUCUACGGUAACCAGUACGAGAGCCGUGAGGAGCAUCUCCUGUUGACGAUGUUCCAAUCCGUCCUGUCGGCGCAAUUCGAGACGACGCCCGAGUAUUCUUCCCUGCUGCGAGCAAACACGCCGGUGUCUCGAAUGAUGACGACCUACACCCGUCGUGGACCCGGACAGAGUUACUUGAAGCAGGUGCUCGCGAAGCAGAUCAAUAAUCUGAUCGAGCACAAGGACCUUAAUCUGGAGAUCAACCCGCUCAAGGUGUACGAACAGAUGAUCAAGAACGUGGAGGAGGACACGGGGGCAUUGCCUGCGAACUUGCCGCGUAGCAUCUCGGCGGAGCAAGCAGCCGAAAAUCCCCAGGUGCAGGCCAUCAUCGAGCCACGAUUAACCAUGCUGAUGGAGAUCGCAAACACAUUUUUGGCUACAAUCAUCGAGAAUCUGGAUGAGACUCCCUAUGGGAUUCGGUGGAUCUGCAAGCAGAUUCGGAGCUUGACGCGACGAAAGUACCCCGACGCGAAGGACCACAUCAUCUGCACCCUGAUCGGCGGGUUUUUCUUUUUGCGGUUCCUGAACCCGGCGAUCGUGACGCCUAGAUCGUACAUGUUGAUCGACAGUGUUCCUUCAGAACAUCCCAGGAGGACAUUGACCCUGAUAGCGAAAAUGCUUCAGAAUCUGGCGAACAAGCCGUCCUAUGCGAAGGAACCUUACAUGGCCCGGCUUGCACCCUUCGUCGCGAACAACAAGACGAGGAUCAACCAGUUUUUGAACGACCUUUGCGAGGUUGGGGACUUUUACGAGUCACUGGAGAUGGACAAUUACGUAGCGCUAUCUAAGAAAGAUCUCGAAUUGAACAUCACCCUUAACGAGGUGUACGCAACGCACGCGUUGCUGGAAAAGAAUUCUACCGAGCUGCUCCAAGGACGUGAUACCUCGCAUCUGCGGAUACUGUUGGAAGAGUUGGGUUCGGCGCCACCGCAAGUGCCUCGGAAAGAGAACAGGGCAAUUGAUCUGCCACUAUUCAGUCGAUGGGAAGGAAACAUCGACGACCUGUCCGCGGCGCUCGACAUCACACAGGAGGAUGUGUACUUCAUGGAGGCCAAGUCGAUAUUCGUGCAACUCCUACGGACGCUGCCACCGACAUCAGCCGCGGCCAGACGGCCACUGAAUUUGCGGAAGAUCGGAGACACAGCCACGACGAUGAAGGACAUGGGAAUGUUCCGUAAGGGCAUGCGGGGGUUGGAGCUUCUGAACCAGCUACAGGAGAUGGGGGUGAUCACCGACCAGGACAAUUUCCAGAUCCUGCGGGAGGAGAUCGAGCAGGAGCUCGUCCAUUUGGGGUCUCUUAAGGAAAAGGUCACGGAUGAGACCAAGAAGCUCGAUGAGGUGUACAAGACCAUCAGGGAUCACAAUGCGUACCUCGUCUCGCAGCUGGAGACGUACAAGUCGUACCUGCACAACGUGCGGAGCCAGUCGGAGGGCAAACAACGGCACGCGGGCAAGCAGCAGAAGCAGCAAGUGCUGGGUCCGUACAAGUUUACGCACCAGCAGCUCGAGAAGGAGGGCGUGAUCCAGAAGAGCAAUGUCCCGGACAACCGGCGUGCAAACAUAUUCUUCAACAUCACUUCACCGAUGCCGGGGACUUUUGUGAUUUCGCUGCACUACAAAGGCCGGAACCGGGGACUGUUGGAGCUAGAUCUCAAACUAGACGAUCUGCUCGAGAUGCAACAGAACAACCACGACGAGCUGGAUCUGGAAUACGUCCAAUUCAAUGUGCCAAAAGUCCUGGCCCUCCUUAAUAAGCGGUUCGCACGAAAGAAGAACUGGUAAUAUAUCUCGACCUUGACCGAACCAUGACCGGUACGAAGGAGGGCGGGGCGGCGGCGGCGGU